AUGCCCAGCGCCACGGCCAGGUUAAAAUCUGUUAACUCAAAUGGCAUGACGGCGGGCUCCGCUGUUGAGCCGAUCUCGUCCGCGCCACAGCAGCAGCAGCCAGUCGUGUCUGCACGAAACAACGAAUGCAACCGGCCCAAGAAAUCGACGGAUCAUCGACGCGACUCCAACAUCUCGCUCGAGUUGAACGCACUGACGCCGGCUGUCACCGCCUCCAAUCUCGCCGCCAUCGAGCCGAGCCCGCCACCCGUCACGCCGAAGCAGACCGCACUCGAUGACCCCGUCACCCUCCGCCCGUCCACCACAGCACCUCUGGUGGGCCAGCCUGCUCCUGCGAGGACUUCAACCAGUGAGCACAGCCCGUCGCCGCGCAGCCGUAGCGGAGUCGAAUUUGAUGUGUGGGAGUACGUGACAGCUGAGGAGCUCGUCUGCAUGGAUGGACACCGCAACAGCGACGACAACGGCAAAAACGACACGAUGUCGAAUGUCCCUGUGAACGAGGAGGCGCCGAGGACAACAGGCGUGCCAUCCAUGCUGUCGCAGCCUGCCGUGGUGAGCUUGGCGGCGAGUCCGCCACGUCGACGCAACUCCACCGCAGCAUCAACGAACUCCGUAGCGUCCGCACGCCGCAUCGCGAGCAACGCCGGUGCCGCGCCGCGGUCACCGCACGUCCUCCGCUCCUUUGCCUCGCUCGGCUUUCACGGCGGUUACAGCUUCGGAGUGGCGAUGCGUGACGUUAAUGUGGACAAGGCGGCAGCCACAGCGGUGGCAGCGGCCACCACCAACAACGCCCCUGCCUCAUCAACUUUGAAGGUCCAGGCGCGUAUUUGUGACAGCAAGGACGCAAGCAAUACCCGCAAGGGAAGCGGCAACAGGGAUAAGGCGGAAGCAGGCCUGUCCAGCACGUCCAGCGCAGGUGAUCUGGAGAGCGAGGGCAGCUACGUGAACCUGUUCCGCAGCUUCGCGCGGUCGGAAACGAAUUCUGCCGCUGCGAAGUCGGGACCUGACCACGCCUGGCUCGAAGAGGUGCCCGACGGCACUACGAAAGAUACCACGCUGGUCGGAGACAUCAGCGCCACUACAGCACCGACGAGGGCACGAACUUCGCCGCCAGUGGGAGCAACCGCUUCUUCGACCGCGGCUGCUGCACUGAAGCCGCGCGGUGACGUCAACGGACGUGUUGCCUCCAUGACCGCAAACCGCCCUGCCCAACGCAACUGCCUAGACUCCUUCUUCGUUUUUCCGGAGCGAUGGACACCCCCCGCGGCGGACGAAGGCGAAGAAGGCGGGGCGGUCGUGGACGACGCCAACGUCGCUCCUCUCUCCCCGUGUCCACCGCCGUUUGCAUCUCUUUUUAAGGCGGUACGCGCCGCCACCGGCGAUGGCACGCAGCCGAGUCGAAGUGUCAACGAAAUGGUUCCAUUGUCGCCGCCCGCCCACGCGGAAGCAAGGCCGAACACACAGAAGACGGCGUUCUCUUUUUCUAGAUUUGCCGCAACGACGACGGCAAAUCCUACUCCGAGGGAGGAGCGUCCGCAGCGGCCACCGAUGCCCGACCGCGGCGAGGGAAGUGACGAGGAGAACUUCAUGAACGACGGGUACGGGCGCUCAUCGCAGCUGCAGCUGCCAUCGUUCUUGUCGCCACUCUCACCGCAGCAUGGAAAGAUGAACAGCAACAGCCGCACGGAUGACAACGGUGCGGAUACUUCUGUGGCGGAUCAGGAGGCAGCGGCCGCAAUUGUCGUCGCAACAAUACCUGCAUCUGCUUCUCGCAGCCAAAAAAGCCCUGCUGGCAAUUCGACACGUGCUAAACAAACAGCGACGAGCACGGCGGCCCUGCAACACCGAUCCAGCGCGCGGUUGCCCGAUGCGGCGAGCGGCGCCGUCCCCUCUGCUCACGACAAGGACACCGAUGGGGAGGAGGAGCCCGUAGGCGGCAACGGAGGCGCGGGCCGGGAAGGAGAGGACGGGUUGGAAGAGGAGGAAGGCGAGCAGGAAGCCGCACGCAGUCGAGCCCCAAAAGCCGCUGUCGCACGCCGCCGCCCCUCGCAGGAGCCUCGCGGGCGUGCGGCCGUAGACACCCCCACACAAGCGCACACCAUUCGAGGCGUGCCGCCCGCGUUCAAUGAGCCACACGACGCCCAGCUCCGCGAUCACAUCAGCUCGCCGCAGCAGUCCGAGGCCUACGCUCCCUUUCAGCACAACACACGCAUGAACGAACUGCAACGCUUCACGCCCGUCUACCAACCGAGGCAGUGGGUCACCGCCGACCGGCUCAACUUCCCGCCGCCGCUGGGCAACGUGAUCCGGCUGCCCGGCACCCCCAGCCCUAGCACGGCUUUCUUCCGUGGUGUUCAGGAAGGAGGAGGCGGGGUCAACCGAUUUGCGGUGCCGCUGCCGAUGCGCGACCCGCGCACGCUGCUGCCCAACUCAGGCGCCCCCUCCUAUAGCGGCGACGACGGCCAGCGACGCAGUGAGCUGCCCUCCCUCGACGCCCAUGGUGCCGGCGGUGGUGGUCUGCCGGGGGAUCUUGCCAUUUUUCGCCCGUCCUCGCCGCCCGUCGUGCAGCGCCCUCCGGCGGUGCUCCCCCGCGUUGAUCGUACCGAGGCCGCGACGGCCUUUCAAGACGCUUCUAUGCUGAUCAGCCGCACGUUGGAAGGGACGCGUCCGAUGAAGACGAUGGAACGCGGCCCGCUGCAGCCUUUUCCGUCGCCGUCACCCCCGUCGACACGGCUGUGCGCAUUUGCAGGGUUGGAAGACACGCGUCGCCGCAUCGGUGCGAAGUGGUUUAAGUUUGUGGCGCUCGAGAUACGGUGGGUGCCGUCGCCUGGUCUGCUGCCGGAUGAACGAGGGAGACCGGCGGUGGUGCUGGAGCAGGAGGGAGAAGCAGCGACGACGGCGGGCGGCGCAGCAGGUCCUUCACGGGUGCAAGAAGCAGAGUGA